CCCAACCAGCCAUGGCAUCCUCCUUCUCCUCCUCCUCCAUGGAGGGUGGCGAGCCAGAGCAGAGCAGCGGGGCGGGCGGCGGCAGCAGCGGCCCGGUGCUUUCGGAGCUGCAGCGGGAGAAGCGGCUGGCGUGCGUGGAGUUCCCCGGCGUGGUGCAGGACGUGGGCAAGACCCUGCUGACCCUGGGGGGAGAAGAAGGGGUCUCCCGGAUUUAUGCCGAUCCAAGCAAAAGACUUGAGCUGUAUUUCCGUCCCAAAGACCCCUACUGCCACCCAGUGUGCGCCAAUCGCUUCCCUACCUCUUCGAUGCUGCUCAAAGUGAAAAAGAAAACGAGGAGGAAAGGGACAGAGGAAGGAAGUCUGGAAGAAGAAAUAAAGUUUGAAGUGGAGAUACUUGGUGUCAUUUCUACUGUUUAUAAAUUUCAAGGUAUGUCUGAUUUCCAAUACUUGGUAAUGCAUUCAGAGCCAGACGGCAAACAAACAUCAAUGUAUGACAAAGUCUUGAUGCUCAAGCCAGAAAAAGAAGAUUUUUUUAUGAAUGAGCUGCCACUCUAUAUUCCUCCACCCAUUUUCUCACGCCUGGACAAUCCUAUUGAUUAUUACUACCGGCCAGAUGUACAUCAUAGAGAAGGCUAUCGCAACCCUCCCCUGUCCAGCGAGAAUCUGAUUGGCCUCAGCAGGGCCCGCCGUCCUCACAACGCUAUCUUUGUCAACUUUGAGGAUGGAGAGGUCCCUUCGAAGCCGUUGGAGGCUGCUGUGCAGACUUGGAAAAAAGUCUGUAGCAACACCGUGGAUCACCAAGCAGAAGCAGAGCUGAAGAAACUUUUUGAACUUCGUCCUGUGUGGUCCCGUAAUGCGGUGAAAGCCAACAUCAGCGUUCACCCUGACAAACUGAAACUGCUACUACCCUAUUUGGCUUAUUACAUGCUCACGGGGCCCUGGAGAAGCCUGUGGGUGCGUUUCGGUUACGAUCCCAGGAAGCACCCCGAGGCGAAGAUCUACCAGGUUCUGGAUUUCAGGAUUCGCUGCGGCAUGAAAUACGGGUACACCCCAAAUGACAUGCCAGUGAAAGCCAAACGCAGCACCUACAACUACAGUCUGCCUAUUACUUUAAAAAAACCAGGAAAUCACGGCCUCGGCAUCCAAGACUUAAAACAGGGGCUCAGCACAUCUGGAACAUCAGGUGCAAAAUCCCCAGUUAUGAGCAAAUACAAACUUAAGGAUUCCAUUUAUACCUUUGAGGAAGGGUCUCUGCCCCCCUAUCGACAGAUGUUCUACCAGCUGUGCGAUUUGAAAGUGGAAAGCUUGCAGAAGAUCAUCCAUCGAAACGACAACAUGGAGGCAGCUUGUACGGAGCGGGACGGCUGGUGUCUUCCGAAGACCAACGAUGAAUUGAGGGACACCAUGUCACUGAUGAUAAGGCAGAUAAUCCGAUCCCAAAGGCCAGCUCUGUUCAGAAACCCUUCUAAAACCACAGAGGGCAAAGAGCAGCUGACUUUUGAAUCUGGAGAAGAGGAAGAGGAGGAGGAGGAAGAAGAGGUCUUCAAGCCUUCGGAUGGGAGUGAAAAUGAAAUGGAGACAGAGAUUCUUGACUACGUCUAACAUCCUGGGGCUGGUUGGCUGGACUGGUUCUUGGAGGGAGGAAUUCGUUUUGCUCUUUUUCUUUUUGGAAAGACAGAAGAAAGGAAGAAACCCACCAAUCCAACCAAGGAGUCAAUGAACUCAUCCACUUAACCAACUCACUAACCCAACCAACAUGCCAACCCAAUGAACCCAACAACCCAGUCAACUCAACGCACAACCAACCCA